UGAUGUUUCACUGAACACAGAGGACGUAAUAAUAAUCCAGCACCAUGAGCCGGACCACCUUUUUUGAGGCCUCACUUGAACAAAAGAUUCACUUUGAACAACAGAGAUCAAGCAGAAUUUGGGAAUUCAUAAAAAAAAAGGUGAGGAUCCUGGAUGCCAACACGAAAGAGCACCUUUGUUUUUUAGAUAAGGUGGAGCCCUACUCAACAAUAGGAGACAUCAAGAGCCUUUUUCACAAAUCAUAUCCUCAAUGGUAUCCUGCAAGACAGGCCCUGAGGCUUGAUCCCAAGGAAAAAUCACUCCGAGAUGAUGAAAUCUUACAGAGUCUACCAGUUGGGACCACUGCCACCAUGUACUUCAGAGAUCUUGGUCCACAGUUAGGUUGGACUAUGGUGUUUAUGGCAGAGUGCUUCGGGCCUCUUUUCACCUACCUCCUCUUUUAUUUUCGAGUGCCAUACAUUUACUCACACGAAUAUGGCUUUACCUCAAGUCCCCAUCCUGUUGUCAGACUGGCCUGUGCCUGUCACACCUUCCAUUAUAUGAAGAGGCUGAUAGAGACUAUCUUUGUGCAUCGUUUCUCCCAUGGGACCAUGCCUCUCGGGACAAUGGUCAGGAAUUGUGCCUAUUACUGGGGUCUCUCAGCUUGGUUGGCAUACUACAUCAACCACCCUCUUUACACACCUCCAUCAUAUGGAGAACUACAAGUCAGCUAUGCAUUAGUCAUGUUUGCUAUGUGUGAACUUGGAAACUUCUCCGUUCACUUGACUCUUACUAAUCUCAGAGGAGAGGGGUCCAGGAGCAGACGGUUUCCUAUGCCAACAAAGAACCCCUUCACAUGGCUAUUUUUCUUUGUAUCCUGUCCAAAUUACACAUAUGAGGUCGGAGCUUGGGUGAGCUUCUCCAUCAUGACCCAGUGUCUCCCAGUGGCAUUGUACACAUUACUAGGCUUCAUCCAGAUGACCAUCUGGGCCAAAGGGAAGCACAGAGCCUACAGCAGGGAGUUCAAGGACUACCCAAACCUCCGGAUGGCCAUUAUCCCCCUGAUUCUCUGAUAGUGAUCAAAAACAUGAAUUAUUGUAGCAUAUAAGGCAUGUAUAUUCACUUCCCUCAAGUGUUUUUUACUAAAACAAAGAGGUUUGCUGCUGCUUAAGCCAGCACUAUGCAAGUUGUUUUCAUGAACUGGAGUGGGAAUGGGAGCAAUAAUAUUUUGGCAAU